UCUAAAUUCAAGAGAAGGAAACAGCGGGUGGGACAUAAAAGCUCUGGGCCCAGCAGUCUGGGGCACGGAGGGACUGGUGAACAUGACAGACUCCAAGGAAUCCAGGGUGCCGCAGCUGGGUCUGCUGGAUGAGGAGGAACUGAUAACCAGCGGUGCCAGAAAUUCUCAAAAAAGCUUUGGAUUCCGACCGAAGUCUGUACUCAGCUGCUUUGCAGGCCCUGAGGAUGUGGGAUUUUACUAUGUGCUGGGGAUGAGGAGGCCUGCGGCAAUUUUGCCCCGGGGCGAGCUGCUCUCCAUCCUUCUCUUCACUGGGCUCCUGGUGGCCAUCCUUGCCCAAGUCUCCAAGGUCCCCAGCAGUGAGGAGCAGGAGAAAGAGAAGUCAAAUCAGGAGCAACUCUACCAGGAACUUAACCAGCUGAAGACGGAAUUUGGUCAUCUGUGCCGCCCCUGCCCCUGGGACUGGACAUUCUUCCAAAGCAAGUGCUACUUCUUCUCCAAGUCCCAACGGGACUGGCAUGAAUCCAUCACUGCCUGCAAGGAAGUCGGGGCUCAACUGGUCAUUGUGGAAAAUGAUGAAGAGCAGAGCUUCCUGCAACAGACUUCUAAGAGCAAAGGCUAUGCCUGGAUGGGACUCUCAGACCUGAACAAGGAAUCUACGUGGCGCUGGGUGGAUGGCUCACCUCUGUCCUUCAGCCUCAUGCAGUACUGGAACAAAGGGCAGCCCAACAACUACCAGGAACAGGACUGUGUGGAAUUCAGAGGUGAUGGCUGGAAUGACGCCCGUUGUAAUCUCAAGAAAUUCUGGAUCUGCAAAAAACCUGCCUCUUCAUGCUCCAACAGUGACGACCAGCUCCCUCCUGCAGCCCCAGCUGCCUGACAGCCUUCCGAGUGGCAGAGCUGUACCACGUUCAUCCCGGUUCUUUCUCCCACUUUGUGGACACUGAGGUUUGAACAAUGGUCCAGGACUCUUCUCUGUCACACCCCUCAUCCCCAGGGAGCCUGGGCCACUGCAGUCUUCUCUGCUGUCUCCACGUUCCGCCCUGGUUUAGUAAUUAUGGUUCUGAUUCAUUGUAAUUUAUUUCAGUGACCAGUUGUGAGAUACAUCUAGAGGCUGGUGUGUUUCUAGUCUACGUUGCUUUCCUGGAUGGCAUCGCAGGGUUUGCAUUGCCAAGCACAGCUGCUGGCCCAGCCCCUGGGGCUCUACCCCACUUGCUUUCCUCCACCUGCUCAGUUUCCAUGCACUUUCCCUGGGACGCUUUGCCUGGGGACCUUCCCAGGCUGCUGUGGCUCAUUCUGCAGGCUGAACACACUAAGGAACUGAUUCCUCUGGUCAGUGAAUGUCUGUGUGUAUUGGUGUACAAAUACCCCAGCUCCUUGCCCCCUUGGCGAUACUGUGGUGAACGCCCAAAGUGGGCUCUCAGGUCUCUCUUCAAGGAAAGACAUGUUUCUCCAGCUGCUCCAAUGUCUGAGGGAAGUAGCUGUCACCUGUCCGCUCUUCCCACCUGGACUCUGCUGCAGGGAGCUGCCUUCGCCAGGGUCAGGUUCCUUCCUGACGCAACUCACACGAGUGAAGGAUGAUGAAGGUCAGGCCGUGCUGGGCCGGAAGGGGACAACUCUGAAGGAUCCUUCAGGUUCCAGAGCUCCGCAUAUGACAGCUCUUGCUGCUGGCACACCUCCCCCGUUGGAUGUUCCCUUGACCAUUCCUACUCCCUUAUUUGGAAAAAUAAAAAUAUAUAGUUGA